CUCUAUUGAUUGGAUGUUGACUGAAGUACCUCCCAAAAUUGUUGUCUUUUGAGACAAAAGAAUAUCUGUCUCCUCACUUGCAGCCUUUCCCUUUCCGAACAGCUGGUUUACAUUCUUAGGAUAUCAAAGUCCCACUAAGAGAAUUAAUUCCUCCCACCAUGUCCACUGAGUCAACCCAGUCCAACCCUGAGGAUGCCUACAGGGCUCUGAUGAGAGGCCUUAAGGAGCUGAAUCUUCAGUACUCCAGUGUUCCUUGUGACUUGGUGCUAACAGGAGAUGCCUUUCCUUUAGUGAUAAACAGCCACGGUCACAUCCUAGCGGCUGCUUCAGUGUAUGGCCGAGGAAGAAUUGUGGUCCUGAGCCAUGAGACCUACCUGACCCUCUGUCCUGCUCUGGUAGAAAAUGCUCUGGCCUGGCUGGGAGGAGGGGAGUCUGCAAACCUGUCUUUGGGAGUGCAGAAAAAAAGACGGGCAGUGGCAGAUAACCUCAACAGAUCCAACUACAAAGUCAGUCUUAUGGAGGACUUUGAUAAAGAUCAUGGAGUCCGUGUGUAUGUGACAGAUGCCUACGAAGUGGGUGCAAAGGCAGGAGAGCUGAUAGACUUCAUGAAAGCAGGGGGAGGGUUGCUGAUUGGGGGUCAAGCUUGGCAUUGGGCUUCACAGAACAAGAAUGAAAACCUAAUCCUUGAGUUUCCAGGGAAUAAAGUAGCAGGAGUGGCAGGGAUCCAUUUUUCUGCUAAGUAUGGAAAAGCAGAAAAACUGCCCAUUUAUGCUGAGAUCCCAUCCUCUUGGAAAGCUAUAGAUUGUGGGAUGGACUUCAAAGAAGACCUGGAGGUCUUGCUAAAAGGGAUAUCAGAUUUGGACAUUCAGGGAGGAUCAAUUGGCUCUGUAGCUCUGGUCCAUGGUUCUCUGGCUUUUUCCAUAUGUACCACAGAUAAAGGCGAGGCGUUCCUGGCAGGAACCUACUAUGGGCGGGGACGAGUCAUUUUGGCGACACAUGAGAGUUUCUUGCAAUACGAGAAACUGGCUGCAUUUUGGAAGAAUGCAUUCCGCUGGCUGGACCAAGGCAGGAACGGAGUUGUUGGAUUUGACCCGAACAUCCAAACAUUACCCAACUUGGGGCUAACAUGUGAAACCACAGAAUUCAGGCAGGAUGUUAGUGUGUUUGUGUGUCCAACAUACAGUGACAUAGAUGCUGAGACAAUCCAAAACUUUGUGGCUGAAGGAGGAGGCCUGGUGAUUGCUGGACUUGUCUGGAACUGGGCCUCACAAAACCGUGGGCAGAACCCAAUGCGAGAUUAUUCAGGAAACAAGAUCUUGAACAAAAUGGGCUUGAGCUUGUUGAAAGAAACAGUAACAGCAGGUGUCUACAAAACGCCGGAUCCAAGCCAGGUCAACAUCUUCCACUUCCGUCAACUUCUGCAUCGCCUAGCUGGUCAUGUUCUAGAGGGCGGAGAACUCACCGAGCAAGAUGAAGAGCACCUUAAGAAACUGGGAGCAGAUUGUGCCUCAUUCUUAAUGAUGAAGGCUUAUGACAGGUUCUCCUACACGCAGAUUCUGUCCCUUCUGACUGACAUCCUGAAGAAAGUGGGAGUACCCCAGGUGAAUGAGCAAACCUCCGUGAAGAGUCCCAAAGAGCACAUGCUCCUCAGUCUGGCAACAGAUGUGUACGAUGCUUCUCCAAACCAGCAGGAGCUUCUGCCCUACAUCAUGAAGGUCAACCCACUACCUGUGGUCAAGAACCAACAGAUCAAGAUCACUGCCCACACAGGAGAAAACGAGGAGUGGAUCAGUACAGGCCUGUACCUCCCUCCUGGCCUGAAGACAAAAAUAAUCCUACCGCUGAAGCUGGUCAACAGUGGAUGGAAGAUCCAGAUAGGCUGCCAAAGUGAUGAGCUGCACAAAGAGGAGUUAUGGAGAGCACCAUACGUCAUCAAAAUAUUCCCUGUUGCAUCAGAGAAGAUGCAGGUGUGGAACAUGUGGGGGGGACUCAUCUACCUGCUAGCUCCACGUGAUGUAAAAGUGGAUGAGGAAGAGGUUGUGGUCCAGGAGGCUGUGUCUGCUCCCUAUUACAAGUCUGGUGUAACAAAGGAAGCUGAUUGGUCCUCUCUGCGCCAAGCUCCGGCACCGUGGGCAGAGAUGGAGUUUGACAACAUCAUCCUCACCGUACCGUCACACAUCGUUCGUGAAUUGGAGAGGCCUGAGGAGGUGGAAAAACUCUGGAAUGGUAUCAUGAAGGGUGUUGCCGAUCUGGCUGUCAUUCCACAAAAAUUCAUCCGCAAAGAGCGCAUCGUGGCUGAUGUACAGAUUUCUGUUGGUUAUAUGCAUUCUGGUUAUCCUGUCAUGAUGCAUUCAACGGUAGCAAAAAGGAUCCUAGACGCAGAGUAUAUCAGGACCAAUGGUCUGUGGGGAGAACUUCAUGAACUUGGACACAACCAACAGAGAAGCUGCUGGGAGUUUCCACCUCACACCACAGAGGCCACAUGUAACCUGUGGCCUUUGUAUAUUAAUGAGCAGGUGCUGGGAGUCAGCAGGGCAAAGGCUAAUGACGUGGCUCCGGAGUUUCGGAAAAAAACCAUCAAAGAAUAUGUUGAAGGAGGCAAAAAGCUUGAUGACUGGUACACCUGGACAGCCCUGGAGACAUACAUGGAGCUUCAGGACAAGUUUGACUGGGAUGCCUUUAAAAAGGUGUUUGCCAUCUACCAUAAAAUGAAAACCUACCCCAGUGACAACGGUGGAAAGAUGAACCUAUAUGCUGAGACUUUCUCCAAGGUUGUGAAUAUGAACCUGACUGGAUUCUUCAAAGCCUGGGGAUGGCCCAUCGAACAAGCUACUGUGGAGAAACUCUCCAACCUGCCUCCUUGGACCGAUCACCCCAUGGCCCAGUAUUCCUAAACCUGCCGCUGGAUCAGGUUUAGAGCAUUAUGGACUUGAGCUAGUUUAUGAUAACAAAUAAACACUCUUUUCCUUUCUUUAGUUUACACUGUAGGUGUGUUGUAAUCAACAAAAAUGUCUGUGUUUCAAUGUGUGUCAUUGGUGGGAUCUGAAUUUUCUGCGAGAAAAGGAAAACAUUAGAUAAGACUACAGUUGAGUAACGAGUAGCCAAAUUUGAACAAACAUGCGGAACAGGGCAGGAAGCACAGUAAAAUAAAACAAGCCAAACCACAAGUAGGUUAAAGGUCAGCAAAAUGCUAAGAUCUCAGUACUACUCACCUGGAGUAGUGGGAGUGGUAGAGGACAGGCUGCAACAGCACCCAUAAAUAAUCUAGCACCAAGUUUUCUGGGAAAAGUCAGUAAAAUUUGAGGUAUUGAGCCAACAUGAAAACCUGUGUUUUUGUUCAGCAUGUUCUAUCGAGAACAAGUUACACGAAUGGUUAUUGGUGUGUCCGACCCACUUGUUCCAACUGGCAGAUUGAGACAAUAAAAUUCUUUAUUGUAAAUAAGAAUUUCUUCUUAAUAACUUGCCUGGUUAAAUUGGGUUUAAAAUAAAUCAAAUAAAAAUCUGCUGUAGUCUUUUAAGAAACUUAAAAUUCAACCUAACAGUUAAUUAUCUUUUUAUUUGAUGGCUAUGAAACAAUAAAAAAAAUCUUCAAGAUACCUUAAAAAUGUAUAUUUUUUUCUGUAAUGGAAAUGUACUGAAAAAAGUACAAAAUUAAAGGAAUCACAAAGCAGCUGGGAAGAACGUUCUCAACAGUUUAUAAUGUUGUGCUUUUCUAUUGUGUUGAAAUGUUGGGUUUUCACUCCUUGUUGUCUCUGUCGGUUAAAUGAAACCCUUUCAUGUAAUCAGAUCGCCCUUUUUAGUGUGACGCUCGUUUUUAACUCUUUGUAAUCACAUAUACACAGCUAAAAAGCUUGAAGCUCAGACUCGGUUGCUUUGUUUUGAAAGUUUGUUUUAGGACAGCACGUGCAGACGUUUGGCAGGAACAAUAUCAUGAAUAAGCUGUUGUUUUUGCAACAAAAAAAAAUCUUGUGAAAAAUGAAGAACUUGUCUGAUAACCUUUGUACAACAUUCUGUAACCAGUUAGAGCCGAGUAAAUUUGGUUCCCUUUUACAUUUGUUUAAGCAUGUUUUCUGCGUCUGACUGCUCAUGUGUUGAUAAGCACUGUGACAGCUUCAUGAAGUUUCAAAAAUAUUUCUUGGUUCUCUGGCUGGAAAAUAGUCAGGGAGUUAUGAAAGACAAUAAAUAUAUAAGCUUCCAUUUAAGUA